AUGUUGUCUGUGCUUUUCCUCAGAGGUCUUAACUUGAAAGUCUUCAUUCGGACUUCUGGACCUUCUAAUGUCACCGUGUUGCCACAGAAAGAAGGUCAACUGAUGGUGAAGAGCAGCACCAUGACAUCUGGACCUUCUGGUUAUUACUACGGGGGUUUGUGGCGAGCGCUAAGUGGCCCCCCAGUUCGCCAGUUCAACCAGUCUUCCAUCGCUGCGUGUCUGAAGGGCAAGGCGGUCCACAUCUAUGGAGACUCCACCAUCAGGCAGUGGUUUCACUUCCUCAAGGCGGCCCUACCAGAUCUCAAGGAGUUUGACCUGAACAGCCCAAAACAAGCUGGACCGUACAUCUUAUUGGACUAUGGACACAACAUCUUAGUGAAGUUCCGCUUCCACGGCCCUCCCAUCCGGAUCGGCUCCAUCUUAACCAGCCAACUUCAUUACAUCGCCAAUGAGCUAGAUGACUUAAUCGGAGGCCCUGAAACAGUCGUAGCUUUUUGCAUCUGGGCUCACUUCCCCUCUUUCCCCAUGGAGAUCUACAUCCGGCGGCUGCAGAGCAUCCGCAGGGCGGUGGUGCGGCUGCUGAACAGGGCUCCGGACACGCUGGUCGUCAUCCGGACCGGGAACCCCAAAAUUUUGACACUUUCCGUGUCGAUAAGCAACAGCGACUGGGUCUCGCUGCAGUGCGACAAGGUGCUCAGAGCCGUGUUCAGAGGACUGAACGUUCAUCUGAUCGAUGCCUGGGAGAUGAGCCUGGCCCACCACCUGCCGCAUAACCUCCACCCGCCACCUCCUAUCAUUGAGAACAUGGUAAACCAGCUCUUGUCCUAUGUAUGUCCCCAGAAGGACGGCUAAAUGUUUGUCUCUUGGGGAGUUGAAUGUGAUGUCGGCACACGUUGAGUUCAAGAAAUACUCUCAAGCUCUGUAAUAAAUAUGCAAAUAACAUAAAUCCA